AUGGAUUUGAUACAAGGACUGAUACAGCCACCAAAGGUCCAGACUGUAGAUGACACAAUUCCCACGCUAUGCGAUCGAGUUGAAAAUGCCACUCUGCUAAGCGACCGAAGAUCGGCAGUCCUGGGCCUCAAGUCGUUUAGUCGAAGCUAUAGAGAAACGGUGAUUGCUUCAGGUCUCAAACCAUUGAUAGCUACGCUCAAGAAAGAUGCAGAAGAUGAAGAUUCGGCGAAAGCUAUCCUGGAGACGCUGUUGAUCUUAUUUAUUCGUGGUGAAGGCAAUGCGGAUUUGACUCGUAAUUGGAUCUCGCAAGAAUCCAGGCUCAAAAAUGGGAAAUAUCCUUCCCCGCUAGUUAUGAAACAAGAACAAGUGGAAAACGAAUCGGUAGAUCAGUUUUCGCUCUGGAUCGCAGAUUUUAUGACCCAAACAGACGAAUUGGUGCACUUGUUUGUUCGAUUGCUGGAAAAUGGAAACUUUCAUAUCAGACUGUACACGAUACAGCUUCUAGAGGCCUUCGUUGCGUCUCGUGCAUCCAGAACUCGGGAAGCCAUUAUAUCGCUACCUGUAGGAGUGUCCACACUAGUGGGACUCCUAGAAGAUGUCCACGAACCCAUUCGUGAUGAGGCAGUCUUACUGUUAAUGGCUCUGGUCAACAACAGUGCACAUAUUCAGCAUUUAGUUGCAUUUGAAAAUAUAUUUGAGAAACUUUUCAAUAUCAUUCAGGAAGAAGGCGGGCUUCGGGGGUCGCUAGUGGUAAGCGACUGUUUAUCAUUGAUCGUUAACAUUCUGAAAUACAAUGCUUCAAACCAAAUACUCUUUGUGGAGACCGGAAACCUCCCUCAUAUGGCAAAUCUUUUAAACGAUCCUAUGGAAGACGAAUUUCAUUGGAAUGAUACAAGAGUUCUCAACAUAAAAACUGGACUGACGAUAUUGAUGCUUAGCGUUGAUCCCGAUAAUAAUGCUACACCCAAACAUCAAAAUAUGCUACUAGAGUCUCAUUUGUUGAUGAUUACAUUGAGGCUGGCGCUUAUGCCCACCGUGCCAAACUCGGUACGUCCUUUUGCACUUCUCGCUGCCGCUGACAUGAUUCAAGAUAACGAAAGAGUUCAAUCCGAACUCCAAAAAAUUGAUGUUCCGCCCUUCGACCCCAGCACAGCUGCUCGAACUGCAGACCAGACAAGAUUAGUGCCUAUAACUGAGCUAGUGAUGAAUUGGUGUUUUUUCGCCAAUUCCAUUCAUACUUUUGAGAUCAGACAGGCAUCUUCAGAGCUCAUAAAGGCCUAUUUAAAGAACAAUCAAAGUUUGCAGUUGAAGUUUGUCAAAGAUCAGAUAAAAAUUUAUGAAAACUCAGACCACCUCGAUGACGAAGCUGUCAAUGACCACUAUUCGGCAGGAAUCUUCAACGUACUUUUGGAGUACGAUCCCGAUCUAAAGCUCAAUCCCUAUAAACUGUACUUCGCAUCGGAUCUGUUGUUUUUUUUGUUACAUGGGGAAUCAGAACUUGAAAUAAGAGACCUUAUUCGAAAAAUCGAAUGUAAAGGUACCGAUUCAAUGGAUGAGACUGGAGAAUCGAUGAGUCCAGUGCAAACAGUAUUGGAGCUUUUGCUAACUUCACUGUCUCUUGAAGACUCGAGGGUACCCAUAUCAUACUUGUGUCUUCUAAUAUUCUGGCUCUUUGACGACCCGACUGCAGUUAGUUCAUUUCUUUCCGAUAAGACAGUGCUCCAAUCACUCAUCUCAUACACAUCCCAGAUGAAAGAAGACGAUGUCACAGUAAAUUGCUUGGUUUCUGUCCUCCUAGGGGUUGCUUACGAAUUCUCUUCAACGGAAAGUAAGGUUACUCGCGCGGAUUUUUUUGAGCUGCUGGUAAAAAGCGUCGGGGUCAAUAACUACAUGUCAAAAAUACGGCAAUUUUGGGAAAACUCCCUCUUCGCUGAUUCUGAGACUAACGACAAUCUUCUUGGCGCAUUUGAGACAGAUUCGACAGGUUUACCAAAAGUUUACUUCAGUCCAUUUUUCACAAAGCUGCUAAAAGACAAUUUUUACCAGAUUCAAAGUGCUUUAAAAAGAGGACCGGAAUAUAAAAGUGUUGCUAAAAUCUCUUUUGAAUCCUACGAAGAUCUUCGCCAGGAAAAACUUGAUUUGGAGAAUGAAUUCUCGAAGCUAGAAAUAGAGUCAAAGAAACGGAUCGAGGAAAUCCAAGUUUCAUUGCAGGAAGCUAACAAGCAAUUUAGUGAAGCCGAAGAGCAGAACAUACAAUGUACUUCGGAGUUGGCCAAUAAAUCUGAGGAGAUUACCACGUUACGAGACCAACGAGAUGAACUGAAGCGCACUUUGGCCUCUUUGCGAGAAGAACAUAAAGUUCUAGUACAGGAUCAUGAAAAGAUAAUGCCUCGAAUAACUAGCCUCGAAGAAGCGGCAUCGCUUAAGGCCGCCACCAUACAGAAACUCGAAAGGGACUUGGACAGCGCUACAAGAGGUAGAAAGGCAGCAGAGGACGGAAUCAACAAAAUGAACAGGGAGCUUUUCACUUUGUCUAAAGAGAAGGAUCGUCUAAAAAGCGAGUCAACGAAAGCCACGGCUGAGCUGGAAAAUAAACUCAAGACUAUGCGUGAUGACCUGCAAAAGCUGGAAACCAAAAAGAGCUCUUUUGAAGAUGAGCUUGGCAUAACCGCUUUGAAUUUAAAAAAACUGACAGAGGAUAAACAAAAGGCGGAAGCUGAGACCUCCUCGUUGCAAAAGGAGCAGGUAGACCUCAAUUCUCGGUUGAAAGACCAAGAGCAUCUAGUCUCCAAGCUGUCCGCCAAGCUCAGAGAGCUUGCUGAAACUUGCAAACAGCUCAGCAAAGAAAAGGCCGAAAAGCAAGCAGAAAUCGACUCUCUUACCAAAGGAAACAGCGAAAAAAUGUCAAAGCUUGAAAGUGAACUUAGACGUGUCCAGGAACGGCUGAAGGCAUCAGAAAAUGAGAGGUCUAGCUUGAGUCAAGAAGUCGAGUCUUUGACAUUGGCUAGCCACGAAAGAGACGGCAUCAACAGAUCGUUGUCUCAACAGAAUGAAAUCUCGACAAAAAAACUGAAAAUGUUCGCGGGCUCUCUCGCUGAGGUGAAGACUUUAUGUGGUCAUCUCAGAAAAGAGCUAUCGAACAUACUGGUAGGAAACAGCCUUCUUACCGAGCGCUUCCAAAAACUGCAAAAAGAUCAUGAACAAAAGUCCCAAGAGUUGAUAGAGAAAGCCGCUUUUUACAAGACUCAAAACGAGAAAUGGGAUAAUGAAAGAAAGCUUGCUUUAGAAAACAUCGAAAAGAUGAAGACAACAAAAUCUGAGCUUGAACAAAAAGUAAAAAAGUUGAGUUCCGAACGAAUGAAGGCGUUGGACGAUUUGUCAAAGCUAAGCGCCGACCAUGAUAAAGAGCAUCAAAGUGGGAUUGAGCAAAGACUUAUUCUCGAAGAGAAGCUGACGAAUCUAGAAAAGCAAAGACGGGAAGAUUCCAAACAAUCUGAGGGUUUGCAAUCUGAGAUAAUAGACCUGCAGGGAAAGUGUAAGGAGCUUGAAUCGAGCCGUAAAGAAUUGUUUGAGAGCUCUGAAGCUUCCGCACUGAAAGCGGCCGACGACCUUAUGAAUUUACAGACAAAAUAUGCACAACUUUCCGAGAAUCAUGAAAAAUGCUCAGUAGAACACGAGCGCAGUGCAACUGCGGCGCAAGAAGCAGAGUCAAAAUCUCUUGGUCUCGAAAAAAAGGUGCAGGAACUUCACUCCACUUUGCAGGAGCAAGAAAGUAUCGCAGCUGCCGGGGAGCUUAAACUUUCUGAGUUUGAGGGUGAUCUCGAUACUGCCAAGUCUGCCGUAAUUGCAAAAGACACAGAACUGGAAAAGGUCAAAGCAUCGCUCGUCGAAUCAAAAGAAAACUAUGCGAUUCUGGAAAAAGAACAGGGCGACUCAAAGAUGAAGUCAGAAAGUGAAAACAGGUUUUUAUCUGGUGAGAUCGAGCGACUCAAGCAAAUCAUGAAGGAGAAAAAAGCUGAGCUAGAGGAAGAAAGAAAGCAAUUUACAGAAGGGUCUGCGAGCGUUACUGAAAGCUACUUGAAGAAGGUUAGCGAUCUAGAAGCCAAGCUUGAGGCACUAGAAUACACACAUGUGGAAAAGUUGGAGACUUUUGAGAAAGCAAAAACUGAACUCACGAGCUUGCUCAAGAAAUCUGAAGAAAAAGCGGUUGAAGCAGCUCGAAAGCUGGGACAAGUGAAUGAAAAGCUAGCGAAGACCCUCGACUCCCAAGAGAAAAGCAAAGCAAGUCACAAAAAAUUAGAAGAUUCACAACGGGUGCAGAUUGAGGAUGCUGCUAGUCAAAUGAAAGAACUUAAAUCUACAAUCGCCCACCAGGAACAGGAAAUAGUUUCUAUGAAGCUCGAAAUGUCCCAAACAGCAUCAACGUUAAAAAGUCGGGAACAGAAAAUUAUUGGUUACGAGACACAGAUUGAUAAAUUCAAGGAAACGGAAAAAUCCCUGCAGCUUUCUGAGAAAAAUGCGAGAGUAGCUUCUGAAACGUGUGAAGCAGAGGCCAAUGCUGCUAGAGACCAAUCGAAGAAACAACUAAUAGAGUUUGAGAAGGGUUCGGAAGCUUUCAAAAAGAGAAUCAGCGGACUAGAAGUUGAUCUGAAAGACAAAAACAAUGCUUUGGAAGAGCUAAGAACUCAAAUGAAAGAGCAUAUAAAAUCAAAUGAGAAGCAUGAGCGGACCCUCAAUGAUUUGCACCAGGUUAAGUCAACAAAUGUGAGCCUAACCAUGGAAUUGGAAACCGAAAAAAGUGCGAAGGAAGCCGCGAUCACUGAAGUACAGGAGUUGAGAAAAACUAACGUAGUUAUUUUGGACAAACUGAGACUAUGCGAAAAUGACAAGGAAGAAAAGAGCGACUAUGGUGAGAAAGACAAGCUAGUGACAGAGCUGGGCUUACAAGUUGAAAAUUUGAAACUCGAAUUAAAAGAUUGGAAAUCGAAAGCUUCGGACCGCUCUGAGGUUGACGACUUAAUGCUUCUCGUUUCUGAGCUCGACGAAAAAAAUAGCAAGUAUCGCGCCAAGCUAGAACUUUUGGGAAGUGAAUUUUCCUCGGAUGAGGAAGAGGAAGAGGAUGAGGACGGUGAUGAGAGAUAA